AUGCCUGUCGCGUGCGUUCUGGGUGAUGGUGUGCAUAGUCACGCCUUCAUCCCCAUCAGGCUGACUGGCUACGCACUGGUCGUGAUGCUGUUCACGGAUCGAGCGCUGGACCAAGCAGCGAUCGACUCGACCAAGUUUGACCAGCACGGCUAA